AACAGUUUCUCCGAUCCCUAGCCGCGUCGCGCGCCGAGACCGACGGCGACGCCGACCACCUCACGUGUGAGUGACUUGAUCGACCACCGCCCGCCCACCGGCCACCGGAGCUGCAUGCAUCGCACGCAGUCAACCCCCGCGCGCACUCCUCGAUCUCCUCCCUCGUGAAUCCCGGUCCACACUCCCACACACUCCUCUAGUCCCCACUCCCAUGGCCGCGCCGGACGCCGCCGCUUCGGCGGCGAGCAACAAGAAGGGCGUAGCGGCGCCACCGACGAGGCCGAGCAGCAGCCGCGCGCGCGACGCGGUCGUGUUCGCGACCGGCGUGGCAGCGGCCGUGCUGGCGUUCCUGGGGCCGGCGUCCAUCCUCGUGCCGGAGCGCGCCGGCCAGCUCGUCGCCUUCCCCGUCCCCGGCCCGGCGGACGGCCCACGCACGUUCUACGACGACGCGGACCUCUCGUACGCGCUCGGCCGGCGCGUCACCGACUGGGACGCGAAGCGCGCGCAGUGGCUGCGGUCGCGCGGGCUCGGCCGGAACGCCGGCCCGGCCGCGGAGCGCGUGGUGAUGGUGUCCGGGUCGCAGCCGGAGCCGUGCAGGGGCGCCGGCGGCGACCACCUGCUGCUGCGGUUCCUCAAGAACAAGGUGGACUACUGCCGGCUCCACGGGAUCGAGCUCCUCUACAACAACGCGGUGCUGGAGCCGUCGUCCAUGGUGGCGUUCUGGGCCAAGAUCCCCAUCGUGCGCGCCGCCAUGCUGGCGCACCCGGAGGCGGAGUGGGUGUGGUGGGUGGACGCCGACGCCGUCUUCACCGACAUGGACUUCUCGCUCCCGCUCGCCAAGUACCGCCCCUACAACCUGGUGCUCUACGGCUGGCCGGAGGAGGUGUACGAGAAGCGGUCGUGGGUGGGGCUCAACGCCGGCGUGUUCCUCAUCCGGAACUGCCAGUGGUCGCUCGACUUCAUGGACGAGUGGGCCAGCAUGGGCCCGGCCUCGCCGGAGUACGCCCGGUGGGGGAAGACGCUCAGGGACACCCUCAGCAAGAAGUCCGACGACCAGUCCGACGACCAGUCGGCGCUGGCCUACCUCCUCCUCAUGAACAGGGAGCGAUGGGGCGACAAGACCUACCUCGGGAUCGACUACUACUUCCAGGGCUACUUCGCGGAGAUCGUCGGCAAGCUCGACGCCAUCGCGGCGCGGUACGUGGCCGUGGAGCGGAAGGGCGAACCCGCGCUCCGGCGGAGGCACGCGGAGCGGGAGCACCUGCGGUACGCGGCGGCGCGGAACGCCGCCGUGAGGGCCGUCGUCCCGGGCCCCGACGGCGGCGGGCAGUCCGGGUGGCGCCGCCCGUUCGUCACGCACUUCACGGGGUGCAACCCUUGCGGCGGCAAGAGGAACAAGAUCUACUCGAGGGAGAUCUGCGAGGACGGGAUGCGCCGCGCGCUCGGGUUCGCCGACGACCAGGUGCUCCGCGCGUACGGGUUCCGCCACGCCGCACCGCUCAACGACACCGUGCGUGUGCUGCCGUUCGACUACCCCGCCGCGCGCGCCCGCAAGCAUUGACGGCGAGCGGCGAGACGGGAGCUGCCCGCGGAUUUCUACACGAAAGUAUAAAAGAAAUUGGGCCUUAGUUGUAUCACGUUUUCUACCUCUUUGCAUCGUUGAUAAUUGAUAAUUGAUAUAAAACGUUUGUAGUUCCAUCGGCGAAAGCUAAACAGCAAUGCUACAAUAGAGUGUGUUUUUAUCA